CUUUUCCUUAAAUACCGCCAUUUCAUUAGAGUAUAUAUUAAUGAUAUUAUUAUCUUUAGCAAAAUGGAAGAGGAAUACCUAGAACACCUAUAUACUAUUUAUAAAAUCCUUGACAAGGCUUAUAUCUAUAUUAGUAUAGCCAAAUCCUUUAUAGGAUACCCGGCUAUAAGACUCCUUAGGUAUAUCGUAAAUAGUAAAGGCAUUACUAAAACCGAUAACCGUAUCGCUGCCUUUAAGAAGCUAAAGUUCCUAGAUACUCUCGAUAGCUUAGAGCACUACCUUAGGAUAGCUAGAUAG